CAAUGAUCUUGGUUUGCUAGGAUCAAUUGGAAAUGUCACUAUUUGUUUUUUUUGGUGGUUUAAACCUAGACCUAGUUAGUUAGUUCUCUCACGAUGAUGCAGGUGUAUUAUCCAUACCGAUUAUUCUGGUUGACUUAAAACACUAUCAUUUUAUUUUUUAUCUCAACUUUAUCUGCUUGUUUAAAUUGCUUCAUUCUGUAUUAUCUUUUCCUUGAUUAUUUGUGUAUUUAAACAUGUGGAUAAUUGAUGUAAAAAACAUGUGGAUAAUUGAUGUAAACUGAACAAACUCUUAUCCAUGUUCAAAAGUAUAUAUAUAUAAAAACUAAUAUAUAUUUUGUAGUGAAAUUCGGUGUUAGAUCCAAUAAAUCCUCGUUGUUGAAAUAUAAAUUUCUUUUUAGAAUGAUAUUAUCUUGAUAUCAAAACAAAUGCAAAGAAGAACUAUCUUAAACACAAGCAGAUUUAUCCACCGUAUUUAUCUAAAGUAGUUUCAAGUCAACCAAAAAAUCGGGUCUAACAAAGAUUUAUGGGGGAAAAUCAUAGUUUAUCCAAAACACUCCUAACUCAACUAUAAAAGAAACACAUCUAACUAAACCUUUGGUCAUAAACAUACUUAGAAACAAAGAGCUAGACAGAAAGAGAUAAAAAAAAUGGUUACGGGUGUGAUGAAUAUUGAAGAAGGUGCUUCCUUACCUGCAAAGAAUACUUUUCAAGUCUUCAUGUGCAGUAUCAUUGCCGCUGUUGGUGGUCUCAUGUUUGGUUAUGACAUAGGAAUCUCAGGAGGUGUGACGAGUAUGGACACUUUUUUAAUAAAGUUUUUCCAUCACGUGUACGAGAAGAAACAUAGAGUACACGAAAACAACUACUGUAAAUUCGAUGACCAGCUUUUGCAGUUGUUCACUUCUUCUCUAUACUUAGCUGGUAUCUUCGCCAGUUUAGCCGCUUCUUACUUAUCCAGAAGGUUUGGAAGGAAACCUAUAAUCAUGUCUGCCUCGGCCUUCUUCCUCUGCGGUGCUAUCCUCAACUUCUUUGCCCAAGAACUCGGCAUGUUGAUCGGUGGUCGUAUCCUCCUUGGCUGCGGCAUCGGUUUUGGUAAUCAGACCGUUCCAUUGUUCAUCUCAGAGAUUGCACCGGCUAGAAUCAGAGGAGGACUAAACCUCAUGUUCCAGUUUCUCAUCACCAUUGGAAUCCUAGCAGCAAGCUAUGUCAACUUCUUAACGUCCACGGUGAAAGACGGCUGGAGAUACUCUCUCGGCGGUGCAGCCGUUCCAGCCUUGAUCCUCUUGAUAGGUUCCUUCUUCAUCCACGAGACACCAGCUAGCCUCAUCGAGCGAGGUAAAGACGAAGAAGGGAAGAGAGUCCUGAGGAAGAUCAGAGGCCUUGAAGACAUAGAACUCGAGUUCAACGAGAUCAAACGCGCCACAGAGAUUUCGAACAAAGUGAAAAGCCCUUUCAAAGAACUCUUCACCAAAAGCGAGAACAGACCGCCGCUCGUGUGCGGAACGCUGCUUCAGUUCUUCCAGCAGUUCACUGGAAUCAACGUCGUUAUGUUCUACGCUCCUGUCUUGUUCCAGACGAUGGGGAGCGGUAACAAUGCUUCUCUGAUCUCCACCGUUGUUACCAACGGUGUGAACGCAGUCGCUACGAUUAUAGCCGUUGUCAUGGUUGAUAGGCUCGGAAGGAAGUUCUUUUUGGUCGAAGGAGCAACUCAAAUGACCGCUACACAGAUAUCUAUUGGAGCCUUGCUCUUAAAACACUUACACCUAAUCGGACCUAUUACAAGUCGCUCUGUGCCACUUAUUGUACUGAUCCUCAUCUGCAUCUACGUGUCUGGAUUCGCGUGGUCGUGGGGACCAUUGGGAUGGCUAGUUCCGUCUGAAAUCUACCCUCUUGAGGUGAGAAAUGCUGGAUACUUCUGUGCAGUGGCGAUGAACAUGGUCUGCACGUUCGUUAUCGGACAGUUCUUCUUGUCGGCGCUAUGCAGAUUCAGAUCAGCAUUGUUCUUCUUCUUUGCAGUCAUGAACGUUAUCAUGGGACUGUUUGUCAUCUUCUUUCUACCUGAGACCAAAGGUGUUCCUAUUGAGGACAUGGCUGAACAGCGUUGGAAGAAGCACUGGCAUUGGAGGAAGUAUUUUAAGCAGAACUAGAUAGUUAUUUCUACUUUGUAUUUUGAGCAUCUUCACAAACUUUCUUGCUACUUAGGUAGGGUUUCUUUAUUUUGGAGUUCAGGUUGUUUGCAUUUUGUUAAUAAUAAAAUUUAAUUAAAGAAUUUGUACGUGAAAUUGGCCAUAA